AUGGCGUUGAAACGUAUUCACAAGGAACUUGCCGAUCUCACCAAGGACCCACCUACCAACUGCAGCGCGGGACCUGUUGGAGACGACAUGUUCCACUGGCAGGCCACUAUCAUGGGCCCGCAUAACAGUUUAUAUCAAAAUGGUGUAUACUUUCUCAACAUUCACUUCCCAAGUGAUUAUCCGUUCAAGCCACCAAAGGUAGCAUUCACCACCAAAGUUUAUCACCCCAACAUCAACAACAAUGGUGCGAUUUGCUUGGACAUUCUGAAAGAUCAAUGGAGCCCGGCGCUGACCAUUUCAAAGGUCCUUUUAUCUAUAUCGUCGUUGCUCACAGAUCCCAACCCAGACGACCCUCUGGUGCCAGAAAUAGCGCAGCUGUACAAGCAAAAUCGCAAACUAUAUGAAUCUACAGUUAGGGAGUGGGUACAAAAGUACGCUACCUAA